AUGGCCCUUGGACCCCUCAUAUUACACUAUCCGUUCUUUGGCGGGGUCCAAAGGACUGCAUAUGAGCUAAGGUUGUUCAACGAUCCUAUUUUGCCACUCAGCGGCACCGAUCGGCUGGGGGACUUGGCAUUGCCGAUCAGAGUUGACCGUGAUCACAACUAUUCCAAUCCAAUGGCCGAUGAUGAUCAUAGUUCUGAUAAUUGUGUUCAGAUUAGAGAGUUGGGGUGGCGGCUCUACCCUUGGAUUCAUCGCCAGGUGGAGUUUGCAGAGAUGUUGAAGAAGAAGGGAGUUCAGGUAAUUGGUCAGUUUACACAAGGAGAUUGUCAUGGGGUGGCGAUGAGCGACCUAAGUAAAGGUGAUUCAUUGUUUGUUUUCCUUAAAGAUUUCAUAGAAUGUAACUGA